ACAAGCGUUGAAGAAGUUUUUUUAGCCCCCCCUCCCCUCCCUCCUGCUCCUCUUUAUGUUUUUGUUGGGGGGAAAAGUUGCUGGAAGUUUUAGCCGUGUGGAUGUAGCGUGUUUGCCGUGUUCUGCCCCACGGUAACGGAGGGCAACGAGCGUCGGCGCGAGCGGAAAGUCGUCCGCGGAGGUUUGGAGCGGCGCUUUUCGGCGCUUUGUGUCAGCGGGCUCGGCCAGAAAAAUCCCAACGGCCGCCGUCCGUCCGCUCGGCGCUUCAUCUCGUUAGCCACCUAGCCGAGUCCCCCCUCCUCAACAAGUUAGCGCUACCUCGACGCCCCUCCGUCUCCUUUCGGGGGGGAGAAAAAAAAAACACAAACAAAAACAAAAGGUCCGGCUUUCGCGGCGCAGAGAUGGCGGAGACCAAAAUCAUCUAUCACAUCGACGAAGAGGAGACCCCGUACCUGGUGAAGAUCCCCAUAGCUGCGGAGAAUCUCACCCUGCUGGAUUUCAAGCAGGUCCUCAACAAGCCCAACUACAAAUUCUUCUUCAAGUCCAUGGACCAAGACUUUGGGGUGGUGAAGGAGGAGAUUUCCGACGAGAGCGCCAAGUUGCCUUGUUUUAACGGCAGAGUGGUGUCGUGGCUGGUGUCUUCAGAGGCUCCGGCCGCAGAGCCUCCCGUUGCAGUGGUCCCCCCUGUGGAAACCAUCUCCCAGCCCUCACCGCCUCCGCCGCCCCUGCCACCCCCACCUGCAGAGAGGACCGGGGGCAUCGGGGACUCCAGACCACCCUCCUUCCACCCCAAUGCUACGGGCAGCGUGGAGACUCUGGACGAGCAGACGGAGACCGAGUCUGUGGUCUCCUUCAGGAGGGAGAGGCCCCGGCACAGAGACAACAUGGACCAGCACGGGCCCCGCAUGAACGGCCAGAGCCGCCUGGAGCGCCACCUGGCCGGGUACGAGAGCUCCAGCACGGUGAUGAGCAGCGAGCUGGAGACCACCAGCUUCUGUGACUCUGAGGAUGACGACACCAUGAGCAGGUUCAGCAGCGCCACAGAACAGAGCACCGCCUCCAGGCUUCUGAAACGACACCGCCGGCGGAGGAAACAGCGCCCCCCGCGGCUGGAGAGGGCCUCGUCCUUCAGCAGCGUGACGGACUCCACCAUGUCCCUGAACAUCAUCACCGUCACUCUCAACAUGGAGAAGUACAACUUCCUGGGCAUCAGCAUCGUGGGCCAGAGCAACGAGAGAGGGGACGGCGGCAUCUACAUCGGCUCCAUCAUGAAGGGCGGCGCUGUGGCUGCAGACGGACGCAUCGAACCCGGGGACAUGCUGCUGCAGGUCAACGACAUCAACUUCGAGAACAUGAGCAACGACGACGCCGUGCGAGUUCUCAGAGAGAUCGUGCACAAGCCAGGACCCAUCAUCCUCACGGUGGCCAAGUGCUGGGACCCCUCCCCUCAGGGCUACUUCACGCUGCCCCGCAAUGAGCCGAUCCGACCCAUCGACCCCGCGGCGUGGGUCAGUCACUCCGUGGCCAUGACCGGGGCUUACCCUCCCUUCCCGGGCAGCUCCUCCCUCAGCACCAUCACCUCCUCCUCCUCCGUCACCGAGACUGAGCGUUUCGACGACUUUAACUUGUCGCUGCACUCCGACAUGGCGUCGGUGGCUAAGGCCAUGGCCUCGCCGGAGUCUGGGCUGGAGGUCAGGGAUCGCAUGUGGCUCAAAAUCACCAUCCCCAAUGCUUUCCUGGGCUCGGAUGUGGUGGAGUGGCUCUUCCACCACAUCGAGGGAUUCCAGGACCGCCGGGAGGCCAGGAAGUACGCCAGCAACCUUCUGAAGGCCGGCUUCAUCCGACACACCGUCAACAAGAUCACCUUCUCCGAGCAGUGCUACUACGUGUUUGGAGACCUGAGCGACUGUGAGAACUACAUGGCCAAUCUGUCGCUGAACGACAACGACGGCUCCAGCGGCGCCUCGGAUCAGGACACCCUGGCGCCCCUGCCGCUCCCUGGCGCCUCCCCCUGGCCAAUGAUGCACACCUUCCCCUAUCAGCCCUACGCGGCGCACCCCUACUCCAGCCAGCCGCCCCCCUACCACGAACUCAGCAGCUAUAGCUACGCUCCGGGCAGCACGGGCAGCCAGCACAGCGAAGGGAGCCGGAGCAGCGGCUCAACGAGGAGCGAGGGCGAGCGGCGGCGCAGCAGCAACAAGGGCCCCGGCAGCACCGUGGGCGGAGGGGAGAAGUCCCCCUCAGGAGACGGCGGCGGCGGCGGCGCCGAGUCGCGCUCCGGCAGCGGCAGCGAAUCCGAGUACUCCACCCGCGGGAGCCUGAGGCGCGGCCACGGCUCCUCGGCGCCCAGCGAGCACAGCCACGCCUCCUCGCAGCGCUCCCACCACCACCGGAUGCCGCAGCCGCCCCACAUGUCGCCGUACCCGCCGGGCAUCCUGCCCUACAACCCCAUGAUGCUGAUGAUGGUGCCCCAGCACCCGCACCCGGCCAUGGCCGCCCACGCCCUCCAGCACCCGCAGCAGCUGUCGGCGGCCCCCAUGCACCAGGCGCUGGCCCCGCCUCCUUCCUCCACCCCCGGGGGACCUCCCGGGGCCCCUCCCACCCGCGACCUGGGCUCCGUGCCCCCCGAGCUGACCGCGUCCCGUCAGUCGUUCCACCUGGCCAUGGGCAACCCCAGCGAGUUCUUCGUGGACGUCAUGUAGUCCGUUCGGUGUCGCGUAACGGUGCCUUUUGAGCUCACAUGUGCCCGUCGGGGUAGGGGCCGUUUGUUACAAAUUGGGUAAAACAGGGUUUUAAAAUGGCAAAGAAAAUAAAAAAGCAGGCCGAUACGGAUCAUGGUCCGAUCACGUGUGCCAAGAAGUUUAGUUCCUCCCCACAAAGAUCCGCCGCAGAAGCAGCUUUAACGCUUCUUCCUCCAUGUUUUUGAGCCGGGCAGAGCGGCUCCGUAGGAUCAGCUCUGCCCUCCCCGCAGAAACCCAGUUUACCGCUAGGGGGCGCUAGGUACACCACGUGCUGGAGGAAGGAUCCAGACCUGCACGGUAUGUUUUGAUCACAGCGCCAGCUUGACGAGUGCCUUACUGUUGUUUUAGAGACGUUAUCAAACACUCCCGGUACGUAAAACCAUGUCGUUCCACGUUGUCUGACAAUGAACUUCUCUGUGUGUGUGUGUGUUGUGUAUAUAAACAUAUCUAGAGCUCCUAUGUAAAGCGUUACGCGCUAAUGUGAAAGGAAAAGGUCCAAACAUGUCAGCAGGGACUCAAGAUAUUAUCUCUUGACCUGAAAGGUACCAUGAUGUUCUGGAGAUGACGUCAUAACGGCGGUACCUUCUGAUUACAUUCAGUGUAUGUCUUUUUAAUGUGAUACAGCUCCUCAUCCUUAUUUUUACGUUAGUGACUCACAAUAUUCACCAGUUUUGUCUUUUUUCUUUUUUUUUUUUUUAUGCGUGACUUUAUAAAUCAUGUAUAAUCCAAAUAUUAAAGGUGCUAAAUGAAGAGUGAACAUCACAGAAAGAAUGACAUGGACAGUGUGGCGCUGUUUGGUUUCAUGACACCACCUUUGUUUGUGCCUUUCAGAAUAAAUUUGAUACUCGCUCAC